CUGGACAAACCUCAUGACCAGGAAGCAAGUUGAAGCGGAAAGAGUUUUUUCAGCUCACACUUCCUCAUUGGUGUUCAUCACCAAAGGAAGACAGGACCAGCACUCAAGCAGAUCAGGAAGCAGUGAAAGACCCCUGGAGCUGGGAGACUCUCACUCAAGUCUCGGGAUGACACGACCCCCCAAGAACUCACGCUUCAUCUCCCGCUGCACUGCUGCUGCGGGCCAAUCAUAGGCUUCAUCUCUUAGUCACUGCUGCUGUGGGCCAAUCAUAAGCUUCGUCUCUCCUGGGCACUGCUGCUGCAGCUGGAGCGCGGAAUGUUAUCUCCUCCACACUCUGGGACGCUGGAGAAGCUCUUCCAGUACAUAGACCUCCACCAGGAUGAGUUUGUGCAGACCCUGAAGGAAUGGGUGGCCAUUGAGAGUGAUUCUGUGCAGCCCAUGCCUCGUCUCAGACAGGAGCUCUUCCGGAUGAUGGCCUUAGCCGCAGACAAACUCCGGAACCUGGGAGCUAGGGUGGAUUCUGUAGACCUGGGUUCUCAGCAGAUGCCUGACGGUCAGAGUCUUCCCACGCCUCCUAUCAUAUUGGCUGAACUUGGAAAUGAUCCCAAGAAGCCCUCCGUAUGUUUCUAUGGGCACCUGGAUGUGCAGCCAGCUCAGAAGGAGGAUGGGUGGCUCACGGACCCCUACACACUGACAGAGGUGGAUGGGAAACUGUAUGGACGGGGAGCGACAGACAACAAAGGCCCUGUCUUGGCUUGGAUUAAUGCCGUGAGCACCUUCAGAGCUCUGCAGCAGGAUCUUCCCGUGAACGUCAAGUUCAUCCUGGAAGGGAUGGAGGAAGCUGGUUCUGUCGCCCUGGAGGAACUCGUCAAAAGAGAAAAAGACAACUUCUUCUCUGGUGUGGACUACAUUGUGAUUUCAGACAACCUGUGGCUCAGCCAGAAGAAGCCUGCACUCACUUGUGGAACCCGGGGGAACUGCUACUUCACGGUGGAGGUAAAGUGUAGAGAUCAAGAUUUCCAUUCCGGAACCUUUGGUGGCAUCCUCAACGAACCAAUGGCUGACCUGGUUGCUCUUCUAGGUAGCCUGGUAGAUUCAUCAGGCCACAUCCUAGUUCCUGGAAUCUAUGAUCAAAUGGCCCCUAUUACAGAGGAGGAAAAGACAAUGUAUGAAAACAUUGAUCUGGACCUAGAAGAAUACCAGAAGAGCAGCCGGGUUGAAAGAUUUCUGUUUGAUACCAAGGAGGAGCUCCUCACGCAUCUGUGGAGAUACCCGUCUCUCUCCAUCCAUGGCAUCGAGGGUGCAUUUGAUGAGCCCGGAACUAAAACAGUCAUUCCCGGCCGCGUCCUAGGAAAAUUUUCAAUCCGUCUAGUCCCACACAUGACUCCGUCUGUGGUAGAGACACAGGUGACGCAGCAUCUGGAAGCGGUGUUCUCAAAAAGGAAUAGUUUCAACAAGAUGGCUGUUUCUAUGGUACUAGGACUCCAGCCGUGGACUGCAAACAUCAAUGGCACUCAGUACCUCGCAGCACGAAGAGCCAUCCAAACAGUGUUUGGAGUCGAUCCUGACAUGAUCCAGGAUGGGUCAACCAUUCCAAUUGCUAAAAUAUUCCAGGAUAUCACCCAAAAGAGUGUGAUGAUGCUCCCGCUGGGGGCUGUGGACGAUGGAGAGCACUCCCAGAAUGAGAAGAUCAACAGGAGUAUUCAUAGGUCCUACCUAGCUCUGGGGAGCUGCACGGCUCUUGUGUGGUUCAUCACUGCUACUCUGAUUUAAGAUAGAAAUAAUCUUGCCUAAGUCGAGGAAACAAUCAUCCAACAGAGGCCAACAGAGGAGCCUGUGUAGGAAGAUCCUGACACAUGAGUGCCACAACGGAAUGCCAACAUUUCAACAGUGGCAGAUUUCACAACCAACCAACCAAUCAACCAGCCAACCAACCAAUCAGAGUCCUGUUGAGUAAUCAUCUGAUUGGGUAAGCCCGCUGUGCCAUCCAUGAGGGCAACAAGCUGAACUGAGUCUGCACCCUUGUAAACGCCACACACAGUAUCUGAUCUGGAAUCAGAGUCUGCUGGAUUUCUUUGUAGGGAAAUAAGAAGGACUCACACAGUGAAAUCUGUGUUAUGGGUAGUUUCACCUACAAGCAAAGUCCUGAACAAACCCCAUUGUCUGAUAGAGCUGAAGGACUAUUGAGUGCCCUUUUAGUAAACAGGAUACCACACCACUUUAGGUGUCUAGUAGUAAAAGAAUUCAAUGUGAAAUAUUUAUCUUAAAGACUUAUUUUUAUUUAUGUCUGCGUGUGUCUUGCUUGUUCAUGAACACAUGUGCUGGUGCCAGUGUAAGCCAGAAGAGGAAACCAGAUCCCUUGGAGCUGUAAGUGCAAGUGACAGAGUUGCUUUUGGGUACUGGGGACCCAGCUGUCCUUUGCCAGAGUAGCAACUACCUUUAACCACCGAACCACAUCUUCAGAUCCAAAUGUUAAAUAACUUUAAAUAAAUUUAAGUUUGACUACAUUGAAUGUGAGUGGCUAAUGAAUUAAGUUAUGUUUUGGACCUUGAAUGUGUGAAACAAUGUAGAAUUCUUGCCUCCAUGUUAAUAUGCCCAUGGUUAAAUAUAACAUAACUUGUUGGUUUUUUUUUUUCAUUUUAUUUUUUAUGUGCAUUGGUAUUUUGCCAGCAUGAAUGUCUGUGUGAAGGUGUCAGAUCCCCUGCAACUGGAGUUACAAACAAUUGUGAGCUGCCAUGUGGGUGCUGGGAAUGGAACUCAGGUCCUUUGGAAGAGCGGUCCAUGCUCUUAAACGCUGAGCCAUCUCCCCAGCCCUAAUUUGUUAUAAUGCCAUGAGCUAAAGGCUUCUACUUAUUUGUCUUGCCCUUUUUGCAAAUUCACAUCGAAUAUUGUAGAUUCUCUAGCAAAGAGGGCAGGGGACGCUCUUCUCUGCAACGAUGCAGACAGCCUCAUCUGAAACAGAGACCCUGGGUGGCAAAGUCUGGGCUUUCUACUUUGCUCAGCUCCAAAAUCUUGGCUGAUGAGUAAAGUACGAGGACAGGAACACAGAGGUUUUGUUUCCUAUGGUGAUGAAACGAUGUGGUUUAUAAGGAAAGUGACGGUAGAUGUAAUGACUGUAAUUUCUUAGCAGUUAUGGUAAGUAAAUAAAUGUUCCCGAACUAUUUUAGUUUGGGUAGAAGUGAAGAGAAGAAAAAAAAUGUCAUUAUGUCGACAAAUCUUAUUUUAAAACACUAUUCUACUGUAAUUCCUUAUUCUAGAUGAGAAAAAAUAUGUCAGAGAAAUUAUGCCUUUCGGUAGAGUGGAAAAUAUAAAGUUUUAAAUUAUAUCACCUCCCACAUUGAAAUUCACCAAAACACAUCCAGAAAGAGCUAAGAUUUAAAAUUCUAGAGUGGGUGUUUAACAUACAUAUUUGCACUGUUAUCAUAAGUAAGCAUUUGGACGUAAUAAAAAAAAUGUGAUGGGGAAUGUGAACAUUAGACGACACUGUAAAAUUAGUCACCAGGAAUGACCAACCUCCCUCUCAAACUGUGAAUUAUUAUUAUCAAACGAAUGGAGCUAUUUAAGUCUAUCUACACCCCCACUUUCAGAAACGGAAAGCAGAGAUCUGGGAUACUUCAGCAGGUAAAAAUAGGGGUGAAGAGUUCUGGAAAGUAGACGCACAGAGGGAAAUACUAGAUUCUGCAUUCUACGCCUAAGUAAUGGGAUGAGGCAGGUUCAAUCCUUCCAGCUACGGAAGGAGGAAAUAAAUGGGAUUUAAUUGCUUGCUCACUGUGACAAAAGAAAGGAGGCACGGUAGUAAAGUACUGUGAAGGUUUGCAUAUGCUUGGCCCAGGGAGUGGCACUAUUGGAAGCUGUGGCCUUGUUGGAGGAAGUGUGUCACUGUGGGGGUGGGCUUAGAGACCCUCCUCCUGGCUGCCUGGGGAUGCUCAGUCUGUCCCUGGCUUCCUUCGGGUGGAGAUGUAGAACUCAGCUCCUCCUGCGCCUUGCCUGCCUUGAUGAUAAUGGACUGAACCUCUGAACCUGUAAGCCAGCCCCAAUUAAAUGUUGUCCUUUAUAAAA